UAUUAGUCGUCUCUCAACCUCAAAUUCGUCAAAUUAAAGAUUACCAAUUACAAGAACAUGAGAUGUUAGCUCUAUGCAACUCAAGACUCUUUUCUUAGUCUCUUUGCCCUAAAAUAAACAAUAAAAUCUAACUUAUAUAUUUAAUUACUAAUUACAAAGGUAAUUAAUUUUGUAUUCGAUAAUACUGGUUGGGAUACCAAAAUAUUUAGGGAUUGAGAUUGAGAUACCGAAAUUAUUUAGGGUGUAAUUCGGUAUUCGGUAUUUGGUAUUGGGAUACCGAUACCGUACCGAUUUCCACUCCUAGUCACACUUAGGUUGCCGACGAUGUUGUUUGGUUUAUCUGCUUUCUUCGUUUUCUUUUGUCUCAAGAUUGGAGAUUGCUUCCAAUCCAAGCUAACCGACAAGAAUGUGUUAGCUGUGUUGUCUUCUUGCAUUGUACAACCUAUAUAAGGCUUCACAGAAAUCAGAAUCAACAAGCUAUAGGGUUUCCCCCAUAUCAAACUUGUUGUUAUGGUAUCAGAGCCCUAGGCAGCCGCCACCAUCGCCACAAACGAAACUUCUUAAGCACCCACUGAGGCUGCUACAUCAGAACCCCAACCACAAACACAGACUUACCUCAUAGAGGACCCUUUCUUUCUUCAUGGUUCCGUGCAGGCAUGUACCAUCUUGGUGGCUGACAAGCUCACCACCACCAACUACAACAAUUGGAAUCGAGCAAUGCUCAAUGCUCUUUCAGCCAAAAACAAGUUAGGCUUCAUCAAUGGAGCUACUGAAGAACCUGCAGAAACAUAUCCAAAAAGAGGAGCUUGGGUCGGGAACAAUGUAAUGAUUCUAAGCUGGAUCCAACAGUCUGUUGAGUUAGAGAUCCGCAAAACCAUUUUUGUAGAGAAAAUCUGCAGCUGAGGCUUGGAAAAGUCUUCAAACCCGCUAUGGAUCUUGUGAUAUUGUUUGAGUUGCAGAGCUUCAAAAAGCCCUUUCCACCCUCAAGCAAGGAAACCAUACCAUCACUGAGUACUAUGGUCUAGUAAUCACUCUCAAAGAUGAACUUGAGUACAAUUAUUAACCUCUCAUUCCAUGUGAUUGUACCCCUACUAGUCACCUGACUUGUAGAGCCAUGAAGCGAGUUGAAGAGUAUCAGGAAACCAACUAUGUGAUUAAGUGUCUUAGAGGCCUUAAUAAAAACUUCUCAAGAGUAAGGUCUCAAGUUUUGUUUGGUGAUGACUUGCCCAACAUCAACCGAGUUUUUCAAAGGAUGCUAAAGCAUGAGAGACAGAUGUAUGGCACUCAAAAAGGCAAAAAGCCACAGCAUCUACUGAUGUUACUGCUUCCAGGAGUCAACAGAAGACAAGUUCCAAAUCAGAAGAGACCAUUCUACACAUUUUGCAAAAGAGAAGGGCAUACUGAAGAAGUUUGUUUUCAGAAGCAUGGUUUUCCUCCUGGAAUGAUCUCAAGGAUUCCAACCAUGGAUCCAAACCGAAUGCUUGAGUGCAUCUUUUGCAAAAAGCCAAGGCACAUUGAAGAGAAAUGCUUUCACAAGCAUGGUUUCCCCCCAACUACAUUUCCUGGAACAACUCCCAGUCCUAUGGAAGAGGCAAAGGUUCUGUCCAUGUUGCCAUCUCUAAUCCAAAGGAAGAAGUAAAGCUUACUCGUUCAGACUAUGAGAAGCUCAUGUCCUUAAUGCAUCCUCACAAACCACAAGGUUCUCAUUCUGCUGCAGCUUUUAUUUCCAGCACUGCCACAUCAAGUAAAUGCUUCAUGACUUUGCCUCCUCUUAAUGUGCUCCACAAACCCACCACAAGCUGGAUAAUUGACACGGGUGCCUCAGAUCACAUUGUAUGUUCAUUAGACUAUCUAAUAGACUGUAAACCAGUAGCCAAUGUUUAUAUCACCGUACCUACUGGCCAACAAAUCCAGACUACUCACAUGCGCACUGUAGCAUGCAGUGAUACUUUGGUGCUUGAAGAUGUGCUUUAUGUUCCCAAAUUCACUUUCAAUUUGUUGUUUGUGAGCAAGUGAACCUCUAAGACCUCAUUGAGCUUAACCUUCCAUUCAAACCUUUGUGUCAUACAAGAUCUGGAGCAGAAGAGUGUGACUAGUUCUGCUAGAUUGACAAAUGGCCUUUACUACCUAGAAGCCUAUAAUAAUCCUAAACUCAUCAAAGUCGUUAGUUCCAACACUUUUGACAUGUGGAAUUUUAGAUGAGUACAUCUCUCUCACUCUAAAGUGCCUCAUCUCAACCAGUUUUGUACCUCCAUUAACACUCAGAAAGAUUUACCCUGCGAUGUUUGCCACUUUGCUAAGCAAAGGAGGCUGUCUUUUCCUAUUAGUCAGCAUGUAACUUCACAUCCUUUUGAACUCUUACAUGUUGAUAUAUGGGGUCCUAAUUCUGUUCCUACUCAUGAUGGUUUUAAGUACUUUCUCACCAUUGUUGAUGAUUUCUCUAGAAUGACAUGGAUAGUUCUGUUGUCUCUCAAAUCAGAAGCUAGACCUAAACUGAUCACCUUCUGUAAUCAAAUGCAAACCCAAUUUCAGAUUCAAAUCAAACGAAUUAGAAUAUCAAGGCAAAGAAUUCAGUGUGAAUGAUUACUAUGAUUCCCACGACAUCAUUCAUGAAAUCUCUUGUGUCCAAACCCCCCAUCAUAAUAGCAAGGUUGAAAGAAAGCAUCAACAUAUCUUAGCUGUUGCAAGAGCUCUUCAAUUCUAGGAUGAUUUGCCACCUGGUUUCCGGGGUGAUCACUGUGUGAACUAAUCAACAUAGUUCCUUCUUCUGUUCUUCACAACUAAACACCCUAUCACAGACUCUACAACAACCCCACAAGGCCUCACAAAUUUGAAAGUUUUUGGAUGUUUAGUCUAUGCUUCCUCUCCAGCUCACAACAUAACCAAAUUUCAACCCAGGGCUAGAAAAGGAGUCUUCCUAGGAUAUCUUGCAGACAUCAAAGGUUUUAAAGUUUAUGAUCUUGAUAGCCAUGAUAUAUUCAUCUCCAGGAAUGUCAUUUUUUUUAUGAAUCCCACUUCCCAUUCAAGUCUAUCAACAAGGAUUCUCAACCUGAUCUAGCUUCUGGUCUUUUCUUUCCCCUUUCUACCACUGCUCCACUAGAUGAUUUCCCACCUCAUCCUGUUUCUUCUCCUCCUGUUCCUCCUGCUCCACCUUUACCCCCCCCCCCAUCUCCCCACCCAAUUCUUCUUCACCACCUCCUGCCCCUCAAUCAACUGUUUCUUCUCCAUCCCCACCUGCCCCACACCCUCCACCUUCUCCUUCUCCUUCUCCUCCCCCGCUACCCCUCCACCUACCAAUCAACCACCUUUGAGACAUUUUGACAGACACAUCAAGCCCCCAACUCACCUAGUUAAAGAAUACCACUACUACCUUUCUCAGUCAUCUAGUAGUGCUAGUGAUCAGCUUCAACAACAGAUUCCUAGACCAAUGUAUGCUCUCUCCUCUAUGGUUUCCUAUGAUAAACUCACUCCAUCAUAUAGAAAGUUUGUUCUUGGCAUUUCCUCCUAUCAAGGACCAAAUAGCUACAAAGAAGCUUCUCAAUUAGAGGAUAGGAAUAAUGCCAUGAAACAGGAAGUCAAAGAUCUACUUAAAAAUCAGACAUGGGAUGUUGUGGAACUCCCUCCAGGUAAAAAACCAAUUGGUAACAAGUGGGUUUAUCGAAUUAAAGUGCCUCAGGAUGGUUCUUCAGAGAGGUUUAAGGCCAGAGUUAUUGCCAAAGGCAAUACAGAACAGGAAGGGGUAGAUUACCAAGACACUUCUGCCCCAGUCAUCAAGAUGACCAUUAUCAGGACUUUCCUAGCUAUUGCUGCUCUAAGGAACUGGCACAUCCAUAAAUUGGAUGUUAACAAUGCCUUCCUCCAUGGUGAUCUCCAAGAGGAAGUGCAUAUGACAUUGCCAAAGGGUUAUGACCCUCCACCAUGCUUCAUCAACCCUAUUUGCCGACUCAAGAAGUCCCUAUAUGGCCUUAGCCGGCAUCUCGAUAGUGGUUUUCAAAACUCACAGACAAACUUCAACAAGUUGGUUAUGUUCCAAGUCAACCAGAUCAUUCCUUGUUUUAUAAAGCCACUGAUUCAAGUUAUACUUGCAUACUGAUAUAUGUUGAUGAUUGGGUUGUGGGUUGCAAUGAUCUAUCAGCUAUGGAGGAACUGAAGGUUGUUCUCCAUUCUGAAUUCAGCAUUAAAGAUCUAGGCACUUUAAGGUUCUUUCUUGGCAUGGAAGUUGCAAGAAACAGAUAGGGCAUUCAUUUAUCACAAUGAAAGUAUGCUUUUGAAAUCAUUGAGGAAGCAAAUUUAUUAGACUCAAGACUUGUCUCGACCCCCAUGGAUUACAAAACUCAUCUUACUAAAGAGUGUGGCAUUCCCUUUGCUGAUCCUGAACUUUACAGGACACUUGUUGGAAAAUUGAUCUACCUUACUACAACAAGACUAGAUAUCAGCUUCGCUACACAACAAGUAAGUCAAUUUAUGGGCAAUCCAAGCAUCAAACACUACAAAGAAAUUCUCACUUCUCAGAAUUCUCAGAUACUUGAAAUCUGCCCCUGCCACUAGCCUUUUCUUCUCUUCUCAAUGAAAGUUACUGCUCAAGGCAUUUUCAGACUCUGAUUGGGCAACCUGUGUGGAUACUCGAAGAUCUAUUACAAGUUAUUGUGUUUACCUGGGCAAUUCCUUGAUUUCCUAGAAAAGUAAGAAGCAGCAAACUAUUUCUCGAUCCUCCUGUGAGGCAGAGUACAGAGCACUUGCCUUCUCUGCCUGUGAGCUUCAGUGGCUUCUCUAUCUGCUUCGUGACUUCAAGGUUGAUAAUCCUCAGCCAGCCAACAUCUACUGUGAUAAUCAAAGUGCCAUAUAUAUUGCUGAGAAUCCGACGUUCCACGAACGAACGAAACAUAUCGAACUUAAUUGCCAUCUUGUUCGUGAAAAGUUGCAGCGUAAGUUACUCAAAUUGCUUCAUGUCUCAUGGCUCACCAACUCGCGGAUCUCUUCACCAAACCCCUAUCUCUAGCACUAUUUCUCCAUCUUGUCUCCAAACUCGGUGUGCAAAAUCUCUGCCCACCGGCUUGAGGGGUAAUAGAAAUUGAAUCUUGAAAAUUCAAUUCCAACUAUCAUUUUCUUUCGGCAAAGAAGAAGGUCAAUGUGGCAGCAUUUUCUCCAAGUUUUUCCACCACAUCAAAGCGGUGUCGUUCUAAUAGUCACACUUAUGUUGCCAACAAUGUCGUUUGGUUUAUCAGCUUUUUCUCGUUUUCUUUUGUCUCAACAUUGGAGAUUGUUUCCAAUCCAAACUAACUGACAAGAAUGUGUUAGCUGGUUGUCUUCUUGCAUUGUACAACCUAUAUAAGGCUUCACAUAAAUGAGAAUCAACAAGCUCUAAGGUUUUCCCAUAUCAAACUUGUUGUUAAUGGUGGCACAUUUGGGUCACAGAAAAGGGAGCCCAGCUAACAAUGGCGUGUGUUGACUUGGGGACAGCCACACUUCUCCAAACUUUAUGAUUUGACUCUAUCAAUAUAUCGUUCCUCUAUACUUAUUCUUAGGGGGGGCAUGUAUGCCAGUUGGCUAGCUCCAAUCUUAUUGGAGGAUGUAGAAUUUUUUAAACAUCAUCAAGCUAGCUAGGCUGCGGUUUAGACGAAUCUGAUCAUGAUCUCAUACCCAAAAGUACUUAAAUAAUAUUGCCGACAUGUUCGUAUGUUGAAAAUUAGCAGGUCAGAAGGAUUUCCUCCACAAGUUUGGUCAACGUACAUAAUUUGGUUUGAUCUUUAAACUAUAAUCCAUACUCCUAUAACGAUGACAUCAUCGACCAAUGAAAAGGUCCGAUACAUAUAAUAACAUAACGAUUAUCUAUAGAGUUGGUUAGUUUGUUAUUCAUGGGUGACAGGAUUUGGUAAUCAAUAUUCAUGGAUGCAUAUGGGAUUCAACGGUAGGGAUGACAAGUUCAAAUUGAGACGGACCGUUGGUAUCCAUUGUACUAUUUUAAUUAGCUCUCGUUAUUUUAAUGGUAAUGAAUUUUUCUUGUAUGA